AAGAGGAGCGUGAACAGGACAUUUUCAGCUCACGACAAUUAAUAUGCACGUAUCGGACAGUUAACACUUCACUUUAGAUAACAGCGAUGAGCUCAAGUCUGGGCCGUGCGCCUUUCUAAGGUACUCCAGAAACGCGUCAGUUUUCUUUGCUACAACUUGGCAACUCGUCACUCGGGGAUUUAACAGUGAGCGCGGAGUCCUUUACGGUCGAGUUGCUUUUAUUAGGCAUCAUCAUGGAACUGAACAAGAGUCAGAAGCAGAGCGAGAAAGUGUUGGAUAAUGCCGAUUUAAUCGCUAAGGAGUGAUUUCUGUUUAUUUUUUUGUAUGUGUGUGUGGCAUUGAUGUAAAUUGCAUGGGUUCUGAGCACUUCAAGGAAGAAUAUUUGUUUUUUUUUUUUGUUUUAUUAAUAAACACCUUUGGGAAUAAAUCCAAGUUUUAGGAAUUUAACAUCCUUCCAAGCUGUGCAUAACCGAUAGAACCGCGGAGAUGGAGCACACGGGGAUCGAAGAGGUGAACCAGACUCACCAACAGCACGAAACCAUCAGCUUUGGAAUAGAUCAGAUCCUCAAUGGCUCGGACCAGUCGAGUAGCUGCAUGCUCCCCAGCCGAACCGGCGACCCGGACUACGCGCUCGCGCCGAACGUCUACAACGGCUACAACAGCAUGUAUCCGGCCUGUUCGAUGGCGGCGGGACUAGCAGGUUCCUACAACGUAAACAUGAACAUGAAUGUGAGCAUGAAUAUGAACGUUAAUGUGAACUCGGGGAACGCUGGAGGUGUCAUCCGCGUCCCGGCCCACAGACCCAUGCCACCUCCACCUCACCAACCGACGGCUGGCCAUCCACCGGGCAUCGCGGCGGGGAUUCCUACUAUGCCCACGGUGCCCAGUAUGGGCAGCCCCCACAGUUUCACGUUCCCCUGGAUGGAGAGCAGCAGAAGAUUUGCAAAGGAUAGACUGACAGCUGCUCUGUCCCCGUUCUCCGUGACAAGGCGGAUCGGUCACCCGUACCAGAACCGGACACCACCGAAGCGGAAAAAGCCGCGCACGUCGUUCAGCCGCGUGCAGAUCUGCGAGCUGGAGAAGCGCUUCCACCGGCAGAAAUAUCUGGCGUCCGCCGAGCGCGCCACCCUCGCCAAGGCCUUGAAGAUGACAGACGCUCAGGUCAAAACCUGGUUUCAAAACAGAAGAACAAAAUGGAGGAGGCAGACGGCGGAGGAGAGGGAGGCCGAGCGACAGCAAGCCAACCGUCUGAUGCUGCAGCUCCAGCAGGAGGCCUUUCAGAAGACCUUGAGUCAGCCGCUCCAGCAAGACCCACUCUGCCUUCACAACUCUUCGCUUUACGCCCUGCAGAACUUACAGCCCUGGGCGGAGGACAACAAGGUGACGUCGGUCACCUCAGUUGCAUCUGUGGUCUGACCCGCAGCUCUCAUUGUGUGUGCUAUAGUUAACCGAGAACGGAUUUAUAGUGCGUUGUAAAACGUAAUUUGGGUGGAUCUGGCAUCCUCAAUGGGACUCACAAAGCUAUAUUCUUUUUUUGUUGUCAGCGAGACCUAAAAAAAACAUAUUUUCCAAACAUAUACUGUGUGGAAAGAACAGCCUCAGUAGCAUGAGGUUACAAUCACUAUACAAUCACGGUAAAAUAAUAAACUGAACUGUAUUUAUUUUUUUGUGUGUUAGAUUAUCACUUUUCCCCCAACACAAGCAUGCAUAUUUAAAGCAACACUCCACUUUAUUUUGCUGAAAAUAGGCUCGUUUUAUAGAGUAAUACAGCUGAGAAUUUGCCGUCUGGCAGGACCACUUUUAG